ACCUCCCUAACAUGCUGUUAGGGAAUAUUACAUCGCGUCAAAACAUAGAAGCUCUGUUUUCGCGUCGCUUCAAGCACAUAGAAAGAAAGAGAAAGAGAGAUGGGAGGAGCUCAGGCGUUGAAGAGAAUCCCUCGCAUCAAGUUUCCUCAGAGACACCUCAAAUCCUCUGGUUCUGCAUCACAUUCUCAAGAGGCAUCUACAACUGGAAAUGCUGAUCUAACUUUCUUCUCAAGUUCAAAAACUUCAACAACAGUUGGAGGGAAAGCUUCUCUUCAGCCUAAACGGACACCUCUCUCCAAUGACGAGAUUGAGGCAAUCUUGUUGGGAGGCUGCAUCUGAUCUUUUCAUGGAACUUCAGUAAGAGAGUUGGCAUUCUUUUCAUGAUUCUUAAUUUGAAAGUGAAACAUUAGAAGUUUUCUAAUUCAUUGGCUUUUGUCGGAACUUGCUGAGGGAUAAAUUCAUAAAUCCUCAACGUUAGACAACAAAAAGAUAAUGAGAAAUUAACUUACGUUGGGCA